AUGAGAUCGCCCUUUAAAUCUCCUUCGAAGACAGGUGUUCCAGUUCCAGAUCUUGACUUUUCACCUGUAAAGCAAAAAGAAUUAAUUUAUCAAAGCGGAAUUCCAGUUCUUGAAUCGAGCGGCCCGAUUCCAAGAAUUACUGGACAUACACUUGUUGACAUUAUCACUGGAGUGUAUGACGAAUACUUCGAGAAACUAUAUAUAAUAGACUGCAGAUACCCAUAUGAAUAUGAAGGCGGGCAUAUAAAUGGAGCAAUAAAUUGCAACGAUCCUCAAUUACUCAAAAAAUUAUUCUUUGAGACACCAAUACAUAACGCAUUAAUAGUAUUUCAUUGCGAAUUUUCUCAUAAUAGAGGACCUCAGAUGGCAUCAAUAUUUAGAAAUAUUGAUAGAGAUUCAAAUGAGUAUCCAAAUCUCUUCUAUCCAGAUGUUUAUAUACUGGAUGGAGGUUACAGAAAAUUCCAAGGCGAAUGGGCAGAUUAUUGUGAUGGAGGAUAUACCAUGAUGCUUGACCACAGAUAUAAAAAUGAUUUGAUGGCUGCCACUACAUCAUUUCGAACAGCCAUUGAUGAAUUUAAGAAUUCUCAGAAGAAACCAUUUUCUAAUGUUGAAAAUAAAUCAGCCAAUGUUCUUUUCAAAAGUCCGAUGCCAGCAGGAUUCCUACAAAGCCCACAGACAUCUAAGAUGCUCGAAUAUCUCGCUAGUCCUAUCCUAAGAAAAACAGCUCUUUAA